AGGCGCUUUCGGCUUCCAAGGGGAAGUGCUGGGCAAUAAUUAAUGUUUUUAUUAAAUUUGGAGGGAGUUUUUUGCAGCCGUUCGCCUAGCGUGGCCUUCAGGUUGAUAGAAGUCCAGAUCCCGAAGAAAUCUGCAGCUAAAUGCUCAAAAUAUAAAGUACUGAGCUGAGAUUUGCGAAGAGCAGCAGAAUGGAUGGAUUUUAUGACCAGCAAGUGCCUUACAUGGUCACCAAUAGUCAGCGUGGGAGAAAUUGUAACGAGAAACCAACAAAUGUCAGGAAAAGAAAAUUCAUUAACAGAGAUCUGGCUCAUGAUUCAGAAGAACUCUUUCAAGAUCUAAGUCAAUUGCAGGAAACAUGGCUUGCAGAAGCUCAGGUACCUGACAAUGAUGAGCAGUUUGUGCCAGACUAUCAGGCUGAAAGUUUGGCUUUUCAUGGCCUACCACUGAAAAUCAAGAAAGAACCCCACAGUCCAUGUUCAGAACUCGGCUCUGCCUGCAGUCAAGAACAGCCCUUUAAAUUCAGCUAUGGAGAAAAGUGCCUGUACAAUGUCAGUGCCUAUGAUCAGAAGCCACAAGUGGGAAUGAGGCCCUCCAACCCCCCCACCCCAUCCAGUACUCCAGUGUCGCCGCUACACCAUGCCUCUCCAAACUCAACUCACACUCCGAAACCUGAGCGGGCCUUCCCCGCUCACCUCCCCCCAUCGCAGUCCAUACCAGAUAGCAGCUUCCCCAUGGACCACAGAUUUCGCCGCCAGCUCUCUGAACCUUGUAAUUCCUUUCCUCCUUUGCCAACAAUGCCAAGGGAAGGACGUCCUAUGUACCAACGCCAGAUGUCUGAGCCAAACAUCCCCUUCCCACCACAAGGCUUUAAGCAGGAGUACCACGACCCCGUGUAUGAACACAACACCAUGGUUGGCGGUGCAGCCAGCCAGAGCUUCCCCCCACCUCUGAUGAUCAAACAGGAACCCAGAGAUUUUGCUUAUGACUCAGGCUGUAUGUUUGAAAAGGGUCCAAGGCAGUUUUAUGAUGACACCUGUGUUGUCCCAGAAAAGUUUGAUGGGGACAUCAAACAGGAACCAGGAAUGUAUCGGGAAGGACCCACAUACCAGCGGCGGGGAUCGCUUCAGCUCUGGCAGUUUUUGGUAGCUCUUCUGGAUGAUCCUUCAAAUUCUCAUUUCAUUGCCUGGACUGGUCGAGGCAUGGAAUUUAAAUUGAUUGAGCCUGAAGAGGUGGCCCGGCGUUGGGGCAUUCAGAAAAACAGGCCAGCUAUGAACUAUGAUAAACUCAGCCGUUCUCUCCGCUAUUACUAUGAGAAGGGAAUUAUGCAAAAGGUGGCUGGAGAGAGAUAUGUCUACAAAUUUGUGUGCGAUCCCGAAGCCCUUUUCUCCAUGGCCUUUCCCGAUAAUCAGCGCCCGCUGCUGAAGACAGACAUGGAACGUCACAUCAACGAAGAGGACACGGUGCCUCUGUCUCACUUUGAUGAGAGCGUGGCCUACAUGCCCGAAGGGGGCUGCUGCAACCCCCACCCCUACAACGAAGGCUACGUGUAUUAACGCCAGAGACAGUCAAACAGGGCGUCCUGGGGCUUUCCCCUUUUCUGCAAGAUACAGAGAAUUGCCGAAUUCUCUUCGAUCUUUGUUUUAUUUUUGUUGUUUGUAUUUUAUUUUUAAAUAAUAAUACACAAAAGGGGCUUUUCCUGUUGCAUUAUUCUAUGGUCUGCCAUGGACUGCGCACUUUAUUUGAGGGUGGGUGGGAAUAAUCUAAACGUUUAUUCGGUGUGACAGGAAAGAUAAUGGGUGAGUGGGCAGAUGGAUUUAGGGAUUACUUUUACUUAGGCUUGGGGUAGGGUCCUACAGGUUUUAAGUAAGACGAAGCUAGAUCAUGUCUAUUUGAUUUCAUACAACAUAAGAUAAUGUUUAUUUUCUCUGGGUAUCUAUGGUACAGUUAAUUUUGAAUUGUGUAAAUAUCCGCUGCUUGGAGACUAUUUGCCUUGGGCAUUUUCCCCCAUCGUUUCUGAGUCUCUGCAGGUGUACAAAGAAAACCCAAUCUACUGUAAAUGGCAGUUUAAUUGUUAGAAAUGACUGUUUUUGCACCUCUUGUAAAAAGGUAUUUAGCGAUUGCAUUUCUGUUUUGUUUUGCUUUCUGUAUGACUCACAGAGGAUAACCAUAAAAUGGGUCAUUCUCUCUGAAGCUGAAUAAUCACCAUGACUGUACAUGAGGGGCACAAUUUUGGACUCUGGCUCCAAACUGAGUCAUAGGCCAGUAGCAUUGUAUGUAUGGUGCCACCUUGCUAUUUAGAUACAAAUCAUACCGUCUUUUAAAUAUUUUGAAGCCCAUUUCGGUUAAACAAUGACAUGUCAUGGUCCUUUGGAAUAUUCACUUAAAUCUGGAAUCACAAUGAAUCAAAAAUCUGUCUCCUUUUCACUUCCUUCAGUACAUAAAUACAUUAUUUAAUCAAUAAGAAUUAACUGUACUAAAUCACAUAUUAUGCUGUUCUAGCUACAGCAAGCACUCUUUAAGAAAAAUAUCCAAUACACUAAAUAGGUACUAUAGUAAUUUUUAGACAUGGUACCCAUUGAUAUGCAUUUAAACCUUUUACUGCUGUGUUAUGUUGAUAACAUAUAUAAAUAUUAGAUAAUGCUAAUGCUUUUGCUGCUGUCUUUUCUGUAAUAUUCUCUUUCAUGCUGAAUUUACUAUGACCAUUUAUAAGCAAUGCAGUUAACUACAGAUAGCAUUUCAGGACAAAAUAGAUGAGUCAAACCAUUUAUUGCUUAAAAAAUAGCUUAUGCCAUGCUAUGCUCAAAGCAGCUUUUAUGCACAUUGGCAAAUGAAGAGUAAGCUUCAGCUUGCUAAGGGAAACUGUGGAAACUUUUGUAACUUUUGGUGAAAUGGAAAAUUAUUUACAAACUGUCAAAGAAUUUGAGGAAGUUGCCGUACCGUGCUGGCACUGAUACUAUCCAUCAUCUCAUUUUGGACACUCCUGUAAAUGUGAUUGGAUUGUUUGAAAGAAGAUUUAAAGAUUGAAAGUUGCAAAGUUUUGUUUUGUUUCGUUUUGUUUUUUGCAUAUGGAGAAAAUACUGAAAGCAGGAUAUGUUGUUCUACACUUACCUUGAAAAAAACAAUAAGUGAAUGCUAUUAUGGUAUCUCUAAAUAGCAUGUUAAAAGAUUCCAGCUAGGAACAUGAAUUUUUUUCAAAUUGUCAAUAUCCUAAAGGAACAACCUUUUUUUAGAGCCUA